AUGGACUUUGAUACAAGCAAGGAAAGAGGAGCAGGGGAGGAGCAGGGGAGGAGCGGGGGAGGAGCGGGGGAGGAUCAGGGGAGGAGCAGGGGAGGAGCAGGGGAGGAGCGGGGGAGGAGCGGGGGAGGAGCGGGGGAGGAGCAGGGGAGGAUCAGGGGAGGAGCAGGGGAGGAGCAGGGGAGGAGCAGGGGAGGAGCAGGGGAGGAGCAGGGGAGGAUCAGGGGAGGAGCGGGGGAGGAGCAGGGCCGGAGCAGGGGAGGAGCGGGGGAGGAGCGGGGCAGGAGCAGGGGAGGAGCGGGGGAGGAGCGGAGGAGGAGCGGGGCAGGAGCAGGGGAGGAGCGGGGGAGGAGCGGGGGAGGAGCGGGGCAGGAGCAGGGGAGGAGCGGGGGAGGAGCGGGGGAGGAGCAGGGGAGGAGCAGGGGAGGAGCGGGGGAGGAGCGGGGGAGGAGCAGGGGAGGAUCAGGGGAGGAGCGGGGGAGGAGCAGGGCCGGAGCAGGGGAGGAGCGGGGGAGGAGCGGGGCAGGAGCAGGGGAGGAGCGGGGGAGGAGCGGAGGAGGAGCGGGGCAGGAGCAGGGGAGGAGCGGGGGAGGAGCGGGGGAGGAGCGGAGGAGGAGCGGGGCAGGAGCAGGGGAGGAGCGGGGGAGGAGCGGGGGAGGAGCAGGGGAGGAGCAGGGGAGGAGCGGGGGAGGAGCGGGGGAGGAGCAGGGGAGGAGCAGGGGAGGAUCAGGGGAGGAGCAGGGGAGGAGCAGGGGAGGAGCGGGGGAGGAGCAGGGCCGGAGCAGGGGAGGAGCGGGGGAGGAGCGGGGGCAGGAGCAGGGGAGGAGCGGGGGAGGAGCGGAGGAGGAGCGGGGCAGGAGCAGGGGAGGAGCGGGGGAGGAGCGGGGGAGGAGCGGAGGAGGAGCGGGGCAGGAGCAGGGGAGGAGCGGGGGAGGAGCGGGGGAGGAGCAGGGGAGGAGCAGGGGAGGAGCGGGGGAGGAGCGGGGCAGGAGCAGGGGAGGAGCAGGGGAGGAGCAGGGGAGGAGCGGGGGAGGAGCAGGGGAGGAGCGGGGCAGGAGCAGGGGAGGAGCAGGGGAGGAGCGGGGGAGGAGCGGGGGAGGAGCGGGGCAGGAGCAGGGGGAGGAGCGGGGGAGGAGCGGGGCAGGAGCAGGGGAGGAUCAGGGGAGGAGCAGGGGAGGAGCAGGGGAGGAGCGGGGGAGGAGCAGGGGAGGAGCAGGGGAGGAGCAGGUGAGGAUCAGGGGAGGAGCGGGUGAGGAGCGGGGGAGGAGCAGGGGAGGAGCAGGGGAGGAGCAGGGGAGGAGCAGGGGAGGAGCGGGGCAGGAGCAGGGGAGGAGCGGGGGAGGAGCGGGGCAGGAGCAGGGGAGGAUCAGGGAGGAGCAGGGGAGGAGCAGGGGAGGAGCGGGGGAGGAGCGGGGGAGGAGCGGGGGAGGAGCAGGGGAGGAUCAGGGGAGGAUCAGGGGAGGGGCAGGGGAGGAGCAGGGGAGGAGCAGGGGAGGAGCGGGGCAGGAGCAGGGGAGGAGCGGGGGAGGAGCGGGGCAGGAGCAGGGGAGGAGCGGGGGAGGAGCGGGGCAGGAGCAGGGGAGGAUCAGGGGAGGAGCAGGGGAGGAGCGGGGGAGGAGCGGGGGAGGAGCAGGGGAGGAGCAGGUGAGGAUCAGGGGAGGAGCGGGAGCAGGGGAGGAUCAGGGGAGGAGCAGGGGAGGAGCAGGGGAGGAGCGGGGGAGGAGCGGGGGAGGAGCAGGGGAGGAGCAGGUGAGGAUCAGGGGAGGAGCGGGGGAGGAGCAGGGGAGGAGCAGGGGAGGAGCAGGGGAGGAGCAGGGGAGGAGCGGGGGAGGAGCGGGGCAGGAGCAGGGGAGGAGCGGGGGAGGAGCGGGGCAGGAGCAGGGGAGGAUCAGGGGAGGAGCAGGGGAGGAGCAGGGGAGGAGCGGGGGAGGAGCAGGGGAGGGGCAGGGGAGGAGCGGGGGAGGAGCAGGGGAGGAGCAGGGGAGGAGCAGGUGA